AUGAUCCGAUCCGUGACUCUGAUCCGAGGAACGAUCCGAACCGGUGAGAGUGGAGGACUGACAGGGAAUGAUGUCACUCAGACGGAGAUUCAGUCUGAGAUCCUGGGUGUCAAAUCAACCAGUGAUCAGACCAACAUCACUCCUGACAUCUGGGCUGAGUUGAAGGAGCUGAGAGACAUGACCAGAGUGGAGCUGAGGAAGCUGGAGCAGGAGAAUACAGAUAUGAUGGCCAGAUUGAAAAUCAGUGAAAACGAGGUGGAGGAGCUCAAGAGACAGAAUGCAGACCAACCAAAGGUGGCGUUCUCACUUGGUCUCACUGACAGCGGACAUAUUGGACCCUUCGAUACUGACAUCAUACUGAAGUUCAGUAAAGUCUUCAUCAACUUUGGUCAGGGCUACAGUCCAUCUACAGGUCUCUUCACAGCCCCAGUCAGAGGAGCCUACUACUUCUCACUCAAUCUACUGGAUACCCGGAGAAGUCCGAUGAACCCGACAGAAGCUCGUAAGGCUCGUAGCGGUAAAGAGUUCGUCCGUUUCCUCGGACAGCUCGCGCUCCGCCCGGCCGGCCGGCGUUCCCGCUCCGAUCAGCUGACGAAGCCGCCGAACCGGUCGAGCCUCCGUCACAUCGGCGGAGCGCCGACCUCGACGCUCCUCGCCGCUUUCAACACGUAG